CAUGUUUGACAUUAUAGAUUCUGAAAAAUGUUUCUCUCAAGACAUUUCGCCCUACCGUUUAGUAACUGGAGAAUUCGAUGUAUGUGAACCAUAUUUUACUGCUAAAAAACCAACAGCAGAGCCAACAAAAAAGCGGAAAAAAGCAAACACACCGAGCAUUUGCGACAUUGAAACACAAAAGAGACAUGAGGAGUUACGACCACACUUGAUCACUUGUUUGGAGGAUUUGCUCAAAGUGUGGUACUUUACAGAAAUUAAACAACCUCGAACAGUAAAGACUGUGGAGGUGGAAACAAUCGAUUUUCCAAGCAUGCAAGCCAUGGUCGAAAAAGCACGCAUAAAAUUCUGCUCUGAUGAGGAUGCUGAUGAAUUUGAACUGACUGGUCCAGUAACAACGGAGAUAGACUUAUUUGGAGUGUUUAAUCUUAUUUGCAUCAAUAACCAGCCUAUAUUAAAUAUGUUAAGAAUAACUCCUGAUUGUCAAUACAUUAUUCCGCCAAAGUCUAGUUUUUUAAUGGGCUCAAUAGCAAAUACCGCUGCACAGCUGGGUAAUUAUGUUGAAAAAAUAGGAGGAGCAGAUAUCAUAGUGAUGGACCCUCCAUGGCCUAAUAAGAGUGUAUCAAGAUCAUCAGAGUACGGUACUCAAGAUAUCUACGAUUUGUAUACUAUCCCAAUUUCUCAGAUGAUUUCAUCCAAGGAUUCGAUUGUGGCAAUAUGGGUCACAAAUAAACCGAAAUUUAGAAAUUUCAUCAUCAACAAACUAUUCCCUUCAUGGAAACUAGAAUGUGUUGCCGAAUGGGUUUGGCUUAAGGUCACAACGCAGGCUGAGUGCAUCUUUCCCAUCGACUCAAUGCAUAAGAAGCCAUACGAACAAUUAAUUAUAGGGCGGCCAAUUAAAAAGCGUGAAUCAUCCCUUCCAAAAAUUCAUACUAUAGUAAGUGUUCCAAGUGUGCGACAUUCCAGAAAACCGCCUCUUCAAGAUAUUUUGUUGCCUUACUUGGACAAAACUGAUCCUGUAUGUGUCGAAUUAUUUGCUCGUUGUCUUAUUCCUGGAUGGAUAAGUUGGGGUAAUGAGUGUUUAAAGUUUCAACAUUUAAACUAUUUCGAGAAGCAAGAAGCUUCAUCUUAAUUUGUUUAAAGAGCUUUUAAUAGACAUUUGAUAAGAAAAGCACACAUCAGAUAUGCACUUUUAAAUAAACAAUAUUAAUAUGUUGUUUACAUCCACA